CAGGAGGACUUCAACCGAAUAAGAGCAAUACGGAGUGUCUUGGAGAUGGACACAUUGCACGAUAGCAUUGUUGCCAAGUUAAGAGGAAUGUUGGACGAACACAAUGUUUUGGUUAAGUCUUUUCGCAUG